UGUGGCGCGCGCGAUUUGCGGCUGCGCAGAAAGUGAGUCGGCAGUCAAACCCGGAUGUAACCAACGCCUAAGAAGUGCGAAGAGAAAACGAUGCAGACUAUAAAAUGUGUCGUGGUAGGGGAUGGUGCAGUAGGAAAGACUUGUCUACUCAUCUCUUAUACAACCAACAAGUUCCCUUCAGAAUAUGUGCCUACGGUUUUUGACAAUUAUGCAGUGACAGUGAUGAUUGGAGGAGAACCCUAUACACUCGGACUUUUCGACACAGCCGGUCAGGAGGAUUAUGACAGGCUGCGUCCUCUCAGCUACCCACAGACAGAUGUAUUCCUUGUGUGUUUCUCUGUCGUCUCUCCCUCCUCAUUUGAGAAUGUCAAGGAGAAGUGGGUUCCAGAGAUUUUGCACCACUGCCCACGCACACCCUUCCUGUUAGUGGGUACUCAGGUGGAUCUGCGAGAUGACAGCAAUACAGUUGAGAAGUUGGCAAAGAAUAAACAGCGCCCCCUAACUGCUGAGAGUGGAGAAAAGCUGGCACGUGAACUCAAAGCUGUCAAAUAUGUGGAGUGUUCUGCUCUCACACAGAAAGGGCUAAAGAAUGUAUUUGAUGAGGCCAUUCUGGCAGCCCUGGAGCCUCCCGAGACCAAACCCAAGAAACGGUGUGUUCUGUUAUAGACAAAGACCAACAGUAAGAGGUAUAAAGGUCAAGUGAAUCAAAACAUUAGAAAGAUCAAUGGCCUUUAUUUAUUGUUAGAAAAGGACAAAACAGUUGAUGGUGUAUGAAAUGCCAUUGAGUCUAACACAUGUACACUGACUGUGCCUUCAAUGUAAAGUUUGAAAGAGGCGGAUUUAGUGGUUAGCACUGUUGCCUCACAGCAAGAAGGUCACGGGAUCGAUUCCCACCUGUGGCCUUUCUGUGUGGAGUUUGCAUGUUCUCCCUGUGUUUGCGUGGGUUUCCUCCGGGUGCUCCGGUUUCCUCCCACAUUUAAAGACAUGCAGGUUAGGUGAAUUGGAUUGUAAUAAUUACUCAGGUCUCCCUUCCAAAAGAGAUCUCAAUGGGACUAACCUGGUUAAAUAAAAAUAAUAAUAAUAAUGUUAAGUGGUGCUGUAUGCACUUUCUUUUCUGACCCCUUGGGUUUAUCAGGAACUCCAAGCAUUUUAAUAUCACUCCAAACAAUACUGUCUGUCUGUAAUGGUGACUUUAUUCCAACUGCAUUUUCACUUAUUUUGUUUCUGCAGGAUGUAUGAAAUUGUAUUUUAUUUUUCUUCUGUUUAUAUUAAUUCUGUGACCUUGUUUUUGAGGAACGUUCAUUUUAAAACUUGAGUUUUUAUUUUGUCCAGGUUUUUUUGAUAGAUGACACAUGUUGAGUGAUUGAUAAUAUAACAAACUGUAAUAUUUUGAAUAGUUUCUCAUCUUGUGAGGUGACAUUUAAUAAUUCAUGGGUGUUUGUAAUCAAUAUUUGUAAUAAAAAUUGUUUAACCAAA